AUGAUCUCUUCUUACUGCUUAAGCUAUUGUCCCGGAUCUUCAUGUUCAAACACUGGUUAUAUAGCUAAAUAUCCCCCACCAGGAUACACACCACCUAUUAUUAGCACAAAAACAAGUAUAUACAGCUGUCCCACCACAAUCCUCACAACCCCCAAACCCCCACCACCCACAACAUCAACAUACUCCAUCGCCCCCCUCCCAACCUGCAGCAACAUCUGCACACAACCCCACAAUCCCCCACAAGGCUACUCCUCCUCUUCCCCCGUCGGAUCUAUCCCCCUUCCCUGCUACACAUGCAAUAAUCUCCCCGCAGACUAUUCCUCCGGCUACCCAUUUAAACUGUACACAGCCAAAUUCUCAGAAAAUAGUCCCAGUUAUCAAAGACCGGAUUGUGCAACUGGUUGUAAGGAUGCGUGUGAUGUGCAGUAUGGGGUUUGUGUGGGUACUUAUGCGGUGGGUUGUUCUUAUGGGGGUGGAGGAGGAGGUGGUGGAAAUGGGGGAGAGGGAGGAGAUUCGUAUGAAAGUGCUUUGACGAAGUGUGCAUUGCAAAAGGCGGACUGUUAUGUGGUUAAUGCCGGGGUUGGGGGGGAGGGGAGAUGUGCGAGUUUUGGGGUUGGGUAUUAG